AUGUCGGAAGAUCUUGAAAGAACUGUCGCCGGCACACACAACGUCGCCAUCGACUCAGACGCCUUAACUCUCAAACAGGAAAUGCACCUUGCAGUCCAGUCGUACAAUCAAAAAUCCAAAGAGAGCAACCUACGUCUCCUCCGCGACUGCGUUAACGCUAUUUCCACUCUCAAUCUCACCGAGCAGGAAAAACUCAAUCGUAUAGCUCAAAUCCUCUUUAGAUCAGAGGACUGGGGUCAGAAUGAGGAUUUCAGCAACCAGCCAGAGAGCGCCCCGAAACAGGUUGGCGACUAUGGAUGGCCACCCGAGCGGCUAGAGCAAGUGUUAGGAUUGCCACAGCUACAGAGGAAUUGCUAUAGACUUCCCUAUAGCGAGAAGUUCUCAACUAUGCUGGUGGAAGAGAUGAUCAAGGUUGUGUUCAAGGGGCGGGAGGAGCACAAAGUGGUUGUGCCGCAAGAACUGAUCGCGUUCUUCGGUUUUGUAAGUGGAGUUCUCAGUCUUGAUUAUGAUCGGCGUGGACUUUGUCCUUUUGAAGCUCCAAUCAAGGAAGUUGUGUCUAAAGCGAGCCGAGAUCAUCUCGUCUGCGACGAUGGAUGUCUGUUCAACCUUGUGCAUGAAGAUGUGGAGCAAGAAACCCUGGUUCGAGAGCAGAUGCGCGAAAUACUUGAUGGGAGGAACAAAGCUCCUAAGGCUACCGUAAAAAACUUCAACGACACGUGGGCAGACCUCUUCGAGAUGGAUGUACUCUCACGCCUGGAUGUCUUGGGCGGCUUUCAAUUCGGCUGGUCCAUCGGAAUAUGUAAAUAUGAGCCAGUCGAGUGGUGGCAUAGCUACUACCUCUUUUGCCGUCACAAGGCGGACCAAGACAACGCUGACGACACCAAAAAGACCCAAGACGACAAAGACGAAGCAGAGUGGGCCUGGCGCGUGGUCAUUCAUCUCGAAAGCGAUUUCGACGACGGUAUAGUCCACCCAACCAGGAUCUUCGACUCCAUCUUCGAGUUCUUGAAUUGGUAUGGCGAUUGGUAUAAUCGUCUAGACCUGGAGGACUUCUUGGAGAAGUUGGUCGAAGAUUAUGAGUUUGGCGAAUAA